GCCGUCUCUGAUUAGUGAAGCUUCUCCUAACGUGUCACAUCAACACUGAAAUCCUGAGUUUCGUAAAAAAUCCAGAUAUUAAUUCUUAAACCGCAUGAAAUGGUGACAUUCUAGAAGAGUUUUUGUUUUGAACAAUCGGAGAAACAAUGGAGAAUAUCCAAAAUCUCCCCAUCGACAUACAGACCAGCAAGCUGUUAGACUGGCUUGUGGAUCGGCGUCACUGCAACAUAAAGUGGCAGAGUACAGUGAAAACAGUCAGAGAAAAGAUCAACACUGCCAUUCAGGACAUGCCCGAAAACGAGGAGAUCAAGCAGCUUCUCUCUGGAUCCUACAUCCACUACUUUCACUGUUUGAGAAUAGUGGAGAUACUAAAGGGAACUGAGGCUUCAUCAAAGAACAUCUUUGGCAGAUAUUCUUCUCAGAGAAUGAAGGACUGGCAGGAGAUUGUGUCGCUCUAUGAAGCAGAUAAUGUUUAUUUAGCGGAGGUGGCCAGCUUGCUGUUCCGAAACGUGAGCUACGAAGGGCCAGCUCUGAGGAAGCAGAUUGCCAAAGCUAAGCAGCUGCAGCAGGAGCUCAGCAGGCGGGAGGUGGAGUGUCAGAGCUCAGCAGCCGAACUGAGGGAACGCUACUAUGCUGCCUGCAAGCAGUAUGGCAUUACUGGGGAAAAUGUUCAGCGAGAGCUUCAGGCUCUAGUGAAAGACUUGCCUGCCGUCCUGGAGGAGGUGGGGAAGGAUGCAGCAAAGUUAGAGGAGCAAAUCCAGCUUUAUGCUGCAUUCACAAACUUUGUGUGUGAUUGGUCCAAACCGGUCCUGCCCAUGCUGACGUUCAGCCAGAAAUCGGGGAAUGUGACGUUUUAUGAGUGGAGGACGGGGAAAGUCCCCAGCCUUGUUGAACGGCCGGCGGAGGAAGCCCCUCCUGAUGCAGCGACAGAGGACACGAUUGAUUGGGGAGAUUUUGGUAAUAAACCGUCAGAUGAUCUGGGCGUGACCGCCGGCAUCACAGUGGAGGAAGGAAUCGAUUGGGGAAUCUCUCUGGAGCCGACAUCCGAGAAAAGUGGUGCAGGCGGCAUCGACUGGGGUGACAGCGAUCCAGCUCCAGUUGAAAUAGAAAUUGUUGACACAGGCACAGACUGUCCCGAGGGCGUGGCGAGGGGUGACGAUGCUCUGAGCAUACUGGAAAACUCCCAGUCACGCAGCCAGUUCAUUGAUGAGCUCAUGGAGCUCGAGGCGUUCCUCACCCAGCGGGUCACCGAGAUGGGGGAGGAGGGCGACGUGGUGGCCAUGAGUCAGUUUCAGCUGGCUCCUUCUAUCAUUCAGAGCCAAACCCGAGAACACAUCCAAGAACUGCUAUCCCAGGUGCAGGACCUUCUGGGCCGGCUCACCUCGCUCCGCAUGCAGCACCUGUUCAUGAUCCAGGCCUCACCGAGGUAUGUUGAGCGUGUGUCAGAAAUGCUGAGGCAGAAGCUGAAGCAGGCAGACAUCCUGGUGCUGAAAGCUGCCACGAUGGUUGAGCGGAGAGAGGAAGCCCUUCAGGAGCAGUCUAGACUGGAGCCUCAUGUUGACCUGCUGGCAGGACACACCCGGGAACUCCAGAAACUGAUUGAAGCUGACAUUUCAAAGAGAUACCACAACAGACCAGUCAACCUUAUGGGGGUGAAUAUUUAGUGAACCCUGCAGCUGUAUUAUGUUCUGAUCUGCAAAGAGAAAUAAAGAAUUUUUAAUUUAAA